ACUUACUGCAUCCCUAGGCUCAGGCGCGGCAACGUGCGUGUAGAAAAUAGACAAUCUGCACCAACUCGUUCGUCCGCAGCACAAUCUUCGGAAGACGGCGAGCGGAUGGAUAUGCGCGAUCGGAUACUACUUGUGGUUGCAAAGCCUCUGCAGGUCGGAGGAGAUGCCGAGAGGAGGCGUGAAGAACUUCAGCUGCGAUGCUUGCAUGCAACAAACAUCACCAAGCCUUGCCGAACAUUCGUCUGCACUGCUUGAAGCUGCUCCACGGCCCCGAGACAGAGACCGCGAAGGGAUGCGAAACACUGCCAUACUCUGCAUACGGUACGGUACAGUAGGCAAUGCGUCGCGCGCUCAGGAGAACAUCUUGUUCUUCUCUCUGGCUCUAUCGGUGCCAAGCCUUCCGACAGCAAGCUCGUGUGACCUGUCGCACCGAACCAUGCCGCGGCUACUAAUGCCGACACUCCGUGACACUGACCACAAAGGCCACUCGAAACGAGUCAUGUCGGCAGGAGCAGAUUAUGAUGGCAGAGCAAGCCGUCAGGCCCGGCACAAUGGCAACGGACGAAUGCUCUCGCUCGAGAUCCGGACCUACUUCGUUCGCGGCUUGUUGUUGAUUAGGGAGGCCGCGAGUCUUGUCGAGGUUGCGAGCUUCACCAUCGUAGUCGGUGUAUAGACUGACCUGCUUGCUUUUGUGAAUCUGCUGUCGCUCUCGCUCAGCGGCACCGCCACGAGCGAUGACGUUGCUGCCCUUUCGAUUUCCCAAUCAGAAUCAUGCACCUCAAGUAUGGGCGCAUUCACGACUACUUGUGGCUCACCGGGGUAAAGGAACGAGAAUGAGGGUGCUUCCUUGUGCUGGCCCGCGGAAGCUCCAUCCCUCGAUUGCGGCACUUUUUUUUUUCUUCGCAGCCGGCAACCUCUACACAAAUGGCGGCCAGACCCACAGGGACGUGCCAUCACAGCCAUGACUGUGGAGGCCAGCCUUGGAGCAUUGGCAAUUGCCGCUUCAGGAACCAAAUGGUUCGGAGUGAGAUGAUGC